UGUGUCUGUAAUACACUACUCACUAACACACGCUCACACCCACGCUGUCAUUCUCCUUGUACAGACACACCGGACAGGCAGUUUAUGACAUCACAGCCGAGGGUGGUGAAGAGAGAGUGGUACCACACGAUUCAGACUGCUGCGGUUGCCAUGGAGAGCGGAGGACAGAUCGCCACAGCGAGUGUCGCCUGCAGAGACUGUUUGGCGGAGUGUGUGUGAGGUUAUGAAGAUCAUCGUGAUUGCACACACACCCUACCCAGCCAGCGGUUGCCAUAGCAACGACCCCAUGUCCUGGUCCCGGUUGUCACGGAGACUCCAGCGAGUGCAGGAGCUGCACGACUUCGGUUUUAUCCGUGACCCCACCUGCACAUUCCCACGGUGACCACUUUCCUAAAAGUUUCGUACGAAACUCGUCUUCCCAUCCGCCGUGCGAUGGCUGCCCUGCUGCCCCUGACCUUCGCCCUGCUGUUCCCGCUGACCCGUGCUGCCCAGUCCAACGAGCGACGGGUAGUGGCCCACAUAUCUGGUGACAUCAUCAUUGGUGCACUUUUCUCCGUGCAUCACCAGCCCCAAGCGGACAAAGUUCAUGAACGAAAGUGUGGAGCUGUGCGGGAGCAGUAUGGGAUCCAGCGCGUGGAGGCAAUGAUGUUGACACUGGACCGGAUCAACGCCGACCCGAACAUCCUGCCCAAUGUCACGCUGGGCUGUGAAAUCCGUGACUCCUGCUGGCACUCCGCCGUGGCCCUCGAGCAAAGCAUCGAAUUCAUACGGGACUCUCUGGUCGCUGCCGACGACUCGGAAGUAGGUGGAGGCGGAGCUUCUGCCAGGUGUGCAGAUCCCGCGGCCACACCCAUGAAAGGGAAGAAGCCGAUCGUGGGUCUGAUUGGUCCGGGGUCCAGCUCAGUGGCUAUUCAGGUCCAGAACCUUCUGCAGCUUUUCAACAUCCCGCAGAUCGCCUACUCCGCCACCAGCAUGGACCUCAGCGACAAAUCCCUCUACAAGUACUUUAUGAGGGUGGUGCCCUCCGACGCCCAGCAGGCCAGAGCCAUGGUGGACAUCGUCAAGAGGUACAACUGGACCUAUGUAUCAGCUAUUCACACAGAGGGUAACUAUGGUGAGAGUGGGAUGGCGGCGUUUAAGGAGAUGGCUGGUAAGGAGGGGAUCUGUAUCGCUCAUUCUGAUAAGAUUUGGAGUAACGCUGGUGAGCAGAACUUCGACCGGCUGCUGAUGAAGCUGAGAAGCCACCUUCCCAAAGCCCGGGUGGUUGCCUGCUUCUGCGAGGGGAUGACCGUCCGUGGGAUCCUGAUGGCCAUGAGGAGACAGAACCUGGUGGGAGAGUUUGUGCUGGUGGGCAGUGAUGGGUGGGCAGAUCGUUACGAUGUGACGGACGGAUACGUGCGUGAGGCAGCGGGCGGGAUCACCAUAAAGCUCCAGUCUGCUGACGUCAAGUGGUUCGACGAUUACUACCUUAAACUCCGUCCCGAUAACAACCUGAGGAACCCAUGGUUCCCUGAGUUCUGGCAGCAUCGGUUCCACUGCAGACUGAAGGGCCACCCUCAGGAGAACCCCAAAUAUAACCGCACCUGCAGCAAGCGGGACUCCCUGCGACAGCAGUACGCCCAGGACACUAAGAUGGGUUUUGUGAUUAAUGCAAUCUACAGCAUGGCGUUCGGACUCCAUCAGAUGCACCAGUCUCUUUGUCGGGGGGCGGCAGGACUCUGUGAUGCCAUGCGGCCGAUUGAUGGAGCUAAACUGCUCGAUUUUCUCAUGAAAACCAACUUCACUGGAGUCUCCGGAGAAAACAUCCAGUUUGAUGAAAACGGAGACUCUCCUGGGAGUUAUGUGAUAAUGAAUUUUAAGAAGAUGGGGAAGGACUACUUCGACUACACAAACGUUGGUAGCUGGGAUAACAGCGGCCUGCAGAUCGAUGAUGAUGAAAUCUGGUCCUCUAAAGACACCAUCAUCAAGUCAGUCUGCAGUGAACCCUGCGAUAAAGGCCAGAUCAAGGUGAUCCGUAAAGGUGAGGUGAGCUGCUGCUGGACGUGCACUCCCUGUAAGGAGAACGAGUUCGUGUUUGAUGAGUACACCUGCAGAGCGUGCGAACUUGGCUCCUGGCCUACACAUGACCUCACGGGUUGUGACCCAAUCCCAGUGGAGUAUCUACGAUGGGGCGACCCUGAGCCUAUAGCAGCCGUGGUGUUCUCAUGUCUGGGUCUGAUGGCCACGUUUUUUGUCACUGCUGUCUUCGUGGUGUACCGCGAUACACCGGUGGUCAAGUCAUCCAGUCGUGAGUUGUGCUACAUCAUUUUAGCGGGGAUCUGCCUGGGCUACCUCUGCACCUUCUGCCUCAUUGCUAAACCGCACGUGGUCCACUGCUACCUGCAGCGCCUGGGCGUUGGCCUCUCACCCGCCAUGAGCUACUCGGCCCUGGUCACCAAGACCAAUCGAAUCGCUCGGAUUUUGGCUGGAAGCAAGAAGAAAAUCUGCACCAAGAAGCCGAGGUUCAUGAGUGCCUGCGCCCAGGUGGCAAUUGCCUUCAUCCUGAUCCUCAUGCAGCUCAGCAUCAUCGUGGCUCUGUUCGUCCUGGUGCCGCCAGAUGUCAUUUUCGACUAUCCAUCCAUCCGAGAGGUCAAGCUCAUCUGCAAUACCACUAACCUGGGUGUGGUGGCACCGCUGGGCUACAAUGGUCUGCUGAUAAUGAGCUGCACGUUCUACGCCUUCAAAACACGGAACGUCCCGGCGAACUUUAACGAGGCCAAAUACAUUGCCUUUACCAUGUACACCACCUGCAUCAUCUGGCUUGCAUUUGUGCCCAUCUACUUCGGCUCCAACUACAAGAUCGUCACCAUGUGCUUCUCAGUCAGUCUGAGCGCCACGGUGGCGCUGGGCUGCAUGUUCGUACCCAAGGUUUACAUCAUACUGGCUAAACCGGAGAGGAACGUCCGAAGCGCCUUCACCACCUCCACUGUGGUGCGCAUGCAUGUGGGCGAUGGAGGGAAGGCAUCCUCGGCAGCCAGCCGGUCUAGCAGCCUCGUCAACCUCUGGAAGAGGAGAGGGUCGUCUGGGGAAACGCUCAGCUCUAAUGGAAAGUCGGUGACGUGGGCUCAGACAGAGCGCAAUUCCAAAGGCAGCCACCUGUGGCAGCGUCUCUCCUUUCACAUCAAGAAACGGGAGAACAAUCAGACGGCCGUCAUCAAGCCUUUCUCAAAGACUUCGGAGGGACGUUACUGCGGAGGCACUGAAAUCCCACCGGAUAGCAGCAACAACAAGAUGCUGUAUGAGGUCACAGAGCCGGCGGAGCACUACCCGGUCACAUACAGUCCUCAGACCCCAUCACCCAUCAGCACCGUGAGCCAGAGGGCGGUCGGCGGAGCUUUGGUGAGGAGCUCAGGCACUGGGGAACAGGUGAUCAGUGGAGUGUCGUCUUAUCUGAGCCAGUCAUCUCGCAGUGACAGCGUGUCCUGUGCUGGAGUCGGUGGCACCAGCGCGUCACAGGGCUCGCUAAUGGAGCAGAUUAGCUGUGUCGUUAAUCGUUUCACUGCUAACAUUAGUGAGCUAAAUAGCAUGAUGCUAACCAACUCACCACCAGGAGGUCCCAUGGCACUGUCUGCCAACAUGUCUGCAAGCAUGUCAGCCAGUGUGUCUGCUCACGGUCACUCGUCCAACUGUCCUCCCUAUUUCCUCCCCCGAGAAGUUUCCAUGCCAACUACCAUGACGACCUACGCAGAGAUCCAGCCGCUACCACCAGUGGAGUCCAACGGAGGUCGGCCGGCACCGUGCCCGCUGUCCUGCUCCUCAUCCCGGGGUCCAGGCACCAGGAGCUCUCCUGUGUCCAGCGUGAAGGAGGUGAUGGUGGGUGCGGCAUCGGCGCUCGAGUCUGCCGCCUCCGCAAAGGCAGACUUGGAGGAACUGCUGCCGCUAACGCCUCCAUCACCAUUCAGGGACUCUGUGGCCUCUGGGAGUGGGUCCCCCAACUCCCCCGGUGGCUCAGAGAUGGGUCUGGGGCCAACUCCGUCCCCCAAAUAUGAGUGCUUGGUACUGCGGCACUACAGCCAAAGCUCCUCGUCCUUAUGAGGAAUGGGCAACGCAGGUGGGGGCGGUAGAAUGGACAGAGACAGGAGGGAUGUAGGAAUCAGGCUGAUGAAUUAAAGCUUCCUAGACCUAGUCUUCAGUGUGCGUGUUUACAUGUUCUAAACCCAGAGAGGGAUGGCCAGUACAACGUAACUACAUUGUGACAUAACGUUCACCUGAGCUUCUCCAACUGCUCCUGGUUGGAGCAGGGCAUUUCAGACUGGCCACCAGCAGGGGGCCGUCCACUGAUGUAACACAACUUUUAGUUUGUUUGUUUUUGUUUUGUUUGUUUUGGUAGUGGCCUUAAACAAACAUGGCUUUCGUAUAAUUAGAGAAAUCUUUAAGAAAAAACACUUUGUGUGAUGAAGCAAGGAUCUGAAAAUAGAAAAAACUGAAGUGUGGGGACCUUCCAGCACCUUCACACACUGAGCUUAUAAAGGGCUGGUCAGAGAUAAUGGAGGAACAGCGCCACUAAGUGUGUGAAGCACAGACGUUCUGGUGCACAGAGGAAGUGGAAUUCCGCUGAUGCUGGGAGGAAAGCUGCGGACCGAAGGUCUGUUCCGCCAGACUGUGAACAAAGUGCUUUGUUUUUUUUUUCUGUAAAUAAUCAUUCAUGACAUGUUUCUUUCUCCUGAAACGGUUUCUAUUUGCUCCCGCUCUCACUUUUCUUCCGCUGAUGCCGAUCUUCUCGUUUGAUUCAGAAUUAUGAAUGUAUGCUUUUUAUUUGUGAAUCUUGAAAAUGUGGACCAAAACUCUCGUACCUCCGUCUCUGCUCUUGAGGUGUUUCUUUGUAUGUAUUUAUUUAUUUAUUUGUUUUAUUUUUGUGGAAUCGUGCGAUUCUGGCCUUGAUGAACACAAUACUAGUGAAUGAAAUACUAGUGAAAAACUAAAAAACAGUGUUGAAUCUAUUGGGGUAUUGGAGCGUGGGUCGAGUCACACCAUCCAAACUGAUCAAACUGACUGAUCGCCACUGUCCACCUCGCUAACGAUAAUCAAUACCGAGUAAUAAUCCAUAAAGUUACUUCAUUCAUCAAAGGGCUUUCAGUGAUUUAGCACAUUUAGAGCUCGCUCUUUUUUACCCGAUCAGAUGUUUUGAAUCCCACACACACAGAGCUGCUGUUCCACAGAACUGAUGUCCGUGAUGAUUGUGUUCUAAGGGCAAGCUAACAGUCAGCCAGGGGUCAUCACCGCCUUACAUCACCCAUCAGUAGCCGCCUCCCGACCAACGCUCCUGGAAAGUCAAAGACUGAGAAAUUUUUAACUGAAGCUGUCUUUUUUAUGGAUAACCCACCCAUACACAAACACACACACACACAUUACAUACCACAAUUAACGAUUGUGAGACUUAACAUACAUCACUACUGCUAAGGCCGCAGUGCCAAAUGGGGGCCAGGAGGGGGAGUAAGUGUAUAUUUGAUGUUUCUAUGGUAAUAUUAAACUGUUUUCUUUUUAUAAGUAAAUAUACAGAAAAAAAAUCCAGUUUCUCAGAUGUGAAGCAAUACUCCCAUAAACAUUCCCAUAAACACUCCACGCUCCUACAAAUGCGAUGAUGUCAUCAGGUUAACUUCGGUUAGGUUCAGGUUCAGAUUGUUCAGUUCUUGUUUAUACAUUUUUAAUCUGAAUACUGAAUUGCAGUGAAGGAAACUAAGGUUGCUCUAAACUGACUCUAAAGUAACUUUAAAAUUAAGGUGGCUGAGGUAAUGUUGAGGUACUCUAAACUCUUAACUCUAAAGUGAUUCUGAGGUAACUGAGGUUAAGCUAAAUUGAGAUUGAAGAUGCUAAAGUAAGACUGAAGUUAUUCUGCCGUAACACUAAAGUGAGACUGAAGUGACUGAGGUAAUGCUGAAGGGACUCAUAGGUAACAAUAAGUGACUGAGGUAACACUGAAGUAACGCUAAAGUGAGACUGUAGAGACUGAGGUAACACUGAAGUAACGCUAAAGUGAGACUGUAGAGACUGAGGUAACACCAAAUGGACUCUGAGGUAACACUAAGUGACUGAGGUAACACUGAAGUAACGCUAAGUGAGACUGUAGAGACUGAGGUAACACUAAAGGGACUCUAAGGUAAUGCUAAUUGGCUGCGGUAACACUGAAGAGACGGUAAAGUGAGACUGAAUGGACUCUGAGGUGAUAAUGAAGUUGGAUAUGGACGAAUACUAGCAGAAUUAGCCGUUAGCAUUGCCCUCCAAAACCCAUGUUGAGCUUCAGUGCUAUGUUAGUCUCAGUUUGAAAAGAUGUGGUGGAGCUUCACACGUCACAGAGGAAAACUAAAGACUAACCUUUACCCUCCCUUCUCUGGUAACACAAUGCGGUUAUAGAUAGCUGGGGCCUCGGAAAGCCUAAAUUGAAGAGAUAAUUGGGAAAAAUUAAAAAACAAAAAGAGGAUUGGCACUUUAACUGAUGUCUCAGCCAAUUAACCAACAUAAAAUACGUUUUUAAAAUUCAAGGGUUUUUCUAUUUUAUUGUUUUUCUGCCAAAUUCUUAAUUAAUGUUUUAUAUCCUUACAUCCAUUAUGUGUGAAAUAUUAUAAAUCUUUUGGGAGUUACAUUUCAUCUGAUCAUUUGAACUUUGAUCACAUAUUUUAUAACUUAAUGUUACAUGAAAUGUUUAAAAACCGAUUGUGAAUAAUGUGAAUAAUAAAUAUAUGACCAUUGAAUAAAAUGAAACAAAUCUAUAGAAAAAAUCUAUGAAAAGCUAUAAUUCAGAUUUAACACACUUUAGCCCAAAUCUAAGACAUUACAUGGUGAUUUACAUGGUUAUUACAGUUACAGAAUUAAUCAUAUUGAUUAAAAAUCGAUCAAUAAUUACCAUCCAUACACAAUUCCAUAGAAUUCAGUCUAAUAUCUCUGAAAGUGCAACUUUUUUCAGAUCUUUCCUCUUCUGAUUCGGGAAUCAUGUGUGGGAUAUCCGUGGGAACGUGUCACGGAAGUGAAUGUCGCUACCUAGACGUGUGUGUUGAUGUUUACACUUUUGCUAUGUGCAUAUGAUGCUUAUAGAGUAAAUAAUAAUAAACAAUAAUUUAAUAUGUGACGUUGAUGAAAUGUGAGGAAGUAAUGCUGAAACGCAAUAUCUGACCAUCCUUUCUGUCAGCUUGCCUCCGAUUCCCGCCGAGGAAUACUGUUCUGGUGGGACAGUUUGGUUUGGGCCAGUGAAGUGUGUACGGCAGCUUUUCUGGACACAGUCCCAGAACAAAGCUUAAACCUGAAUAGAGUAGGGAAAGUCACAGUAAAUCCAAUUAGAAUUUAACAUAUUUCAGGCCUCAUUUGUGAGUGGGUUUCGUGGAUUCUUUGGUUGAUGUCAUGGGAUGCUAUAAAACAGAUGGUAAACUAGUGUCAAGAACUAUGAGAAUGUAACCAGAAGAUGAUUGGUUCGAAUCUGCACUGAACCUCAACCUGUUAUUGAUCCACAUUGUAUAAAAUUCUAUAUUAAGGACUAAACCCAUCGUGGUCAGGUGUAAAACCUGUGUCCGAAAAGCCGUCAGUAUCUGAACCUCUCCUGCUGCCCGAAUCGGAGGGUUAGAACCGAGCUGAAGUGCUUAUUUUCUGUGAUUUCUGGUUGAUUUUUAUUGGAUAUUUUGGGGCUUGUGUUUUACUGACUCUCUGCUGUAGAGAUCUGUAGAAUGUACUGAUAUUGUUACUGUAGUUCUGAAGGUGAUUUUUUAUAAUAGUUUCAUGCAGCGUUGUAAGGAUUUUGUGUGAAAAUGAUAAACUGCUGUUUAGAAACAUAUUUCCUUUAUCUGAACAUUAAAACAAUCCAUUGUUACUGUUCAACAGAAACUUCAAAAUCAUUAUUAAACAUCUGGAAUAUAA